UAUCUAUCCACGGACCGCGUCGCCCCGCGUCGCGCUGGCUCUGCCCCUCGUUCAGCUUGGUCUCCACGGUCAUAAAAUCCUCCCUCCGUCAUCCCUGCCAAGCCAGCAUUAAAUUCAUCACAAACACUACACCGACUUUGGCUCUUUUGCCUCCAUUCAUUUUUCUCCCACAGUCUUUCACUACCACAACAGACGACGGUUACUUCAGCUCGGCCUUUAAAUUUGUCCUGAUUCCCAAGAAUUCAGGCCCGCGCAAGUGCAGCUUGAUCGCAUUGCUCGGGCGUUUUGUUUGCUUGUAUCAACCUCACGAGAGUCUGUCAUCAGCCAGCACUCCCACGAGGAAGCCUGUCGCAAGGCGCACGACGGCAGCGGCCCAUACAAACACUGCGCGCUCAACGAUCGCAACCCGACUGGACGCUUCCUCAGUUGCUCUGACCGCUAUCAACAGCUCAACGCGCCCCGACCUGCAAACAUGGAAAACUACCAGAAGCUCGAGAAGAUCGGUGAAGGUACAUAUGGAGUCGUCUACAAGGCUCGAGACCUUCUUAACGGAGGCCGGAUCGUCGCAAUGAAGAAGAUCCGGCUGGAAGCCGAGGACGAGGGUGUUCCAUCAACAGCGAUUCGAGAGAUCAGUCUGCUGAAAGAGAUGCGUGACCCAAACAUCGUCCGACUGUUCAACAUCGUGCACACUGAUGGUACCAAGCUCUACCUCGUGUUUGAAUUCCUCGACCUCGAUCUCAAAAAGUACAUGGAGGCGCUACCUGUGGCAGAUGGCGGCCGCGGUAAGGCGCUGCCCGAGGGUACUGGCCCACAACUGAGCCGACUGGGUCUGGGCGAUACCAUGAUCAAGAAGUUCAUGAGCCAGUUGUGUGAUGGUGUUCGGUACUGCCAUUCACACAGGAUCCUACAUCGCGACCUUAAGCCGCAGAACCUGCUCAUUGACCGGGAAGGCAACCUAAAGCUCGCCGACUUUGGUUUGGCCCGCGCCUUUGGUGUGCCCCUUCGAACCUAUACCCACGAAGUCGUCACGCUCUGGUACCGUGCCCCAGAGAUUUUGAUUGGUGGACGGCAAUAUUCGACAGGCGUGGACAUGUGGUCGGUGGGAUGCAUUUUUGCGGAGAUGUGCACACGGAAGCCACUCUUCCCCGGAGACUCUGAGAUUGACGAGAUCUUUAAGAUCUUUAGGUUGCUUGGUACUCCCACGGAAGAGACAUGGCCCAGCGUCACAGAUGAACACAUCUAUCCUGACUUCAAGCCUUCUUUCCCCAAGUGGCAGCGUGAUCCAAACAUGAAGCUCUGCCCAGGUCUCAAUGAUGCUGGUCUCGAUCUUCUGGAGAUGAUGCUCGUCUACGACCCUGCCGGCCGCAUCUCGGCAAAACAAGCUUGCAAUCAUCCUUACUUUGAGGACAACACCCCAGCGCCGCCGAGGCGAUAGGUCCAACCAUCAGUCAGCAUUCAUUUUAUGAAAACCAUGGAAUUGCUUUGCAAGUCUCCUCGAGCAGUGCAUUGCAUCUCCAGGUUGCGUUAUCAGAUACCCCUAUCUGUAUCCAAGAUCUGUGAUCCAUUAAACCGGUAUCGCAGCAAAAUCGCGUGGAAAAGCAGAACUAAGGAGAAGGUGAUGACUUUGACAUAUCUUUUCUUUUUCUGCUUUCCAGGAUACGGGCAAAGCCUUCUCCUUUAUUUGUAUGAGCAGCUCGAGCCGAGGAAAAAGCAGGCUGCUGUAAUCGAUAUCUCCGUCUGCUAGUGCAGCGAAGCAGUCAGGCCAUGGGCUUUUCUACCAGGGUCUUUUGUUUUCAUUUCUUUCCUGCAAUACUCUUGUUCUACUGUGUUGGGUACGGGCUUGGAAGGUCGGCGCCUGGCGUGUUUUGUAGGAAAAUCAACAUUAAUUUCCUGUGUUACAUUUUGAUUUGGACCCGUUUGACGGUUCCACUCUACGUAAACUCUAGCCGCUUGCUGGGAGCAAUGAUGAACGGUUUUGCUUUUGGGUCCAAAGUCAAUUUCACCGACAAAAUGUUGAGGCUGGGCCGUGACUGGUGUUGUCUUUCAAUGAGGUGCC